AUGAAUCAAGGUAUAAGUUUUGAUCCAAUAUCAAAAUUUUUUAUAAGAAUAAGGGAAAGACAGAUGAGAAGCUAUACAAUAAAUAUCAAAUAAAGCUAAAGUCCAAUAAAUUCUUAAGAAAAAAGAGCAUCGACAAUUAUAUAACCUCCAAAUAGUUUUAGAUAAAUAUAAUAAGAUUAAAAAAAAUAAAGUCAUUUCUUAUUUUAAAAGAGUACUCUUGUUAAUAAAUAACUCAGAAUUUAACAUAAAAAAUAUUAUUAAUAAUAGUAUUAUAAAAUAGCUUCUAAAUAAAUAAUAUUGGAUUAACAUGAGAAAACCUGCCUACCAUUUAUAGAUAUUUCAUAAUUAUCUUAAGAAUCUUAACCAUUACCAAUAGUGAUCAAUAAAAAAAAAGAACUAGUUAAAUUUAAGUCUCAAAGGCCUCAAUUUACUUUAUUAUGA